AUGGAGAGGUUGAUCCCUGUCUUGAGGUGGGAGGCAACAUGUGACCGGGGCAUUGCCAAGACGACUGCUCAACGGAAUAUUCUAGUCCAGGAUGUUUUUGAAGAAAUGGACUUUCAGCUGGGCCUUUGGCUACAAAGCGACACUACAGUUGUGGGUCCUCUGAAAUGCUUCGCAGGCUGGGGAGGAGAUGAGGUUCUACGUCGAGGGCUGGGUGGCCGGGAUUCCUGCAGAGGCCUUCCUCAGCGUAACGCCUGGCAGGCACCAACUGGCCCAGAUCUCGCUCCCGACAUUUCCCAAAGAGGUCGUUCUUGCGGAGCUGCAAGUGACCCAGUGCGUGGUCCUGCAGGCAGCAGCUUGGCCAGGCUUCUCCAAACCGUGCAGAAUUUACAUGAUGAGGGCAAUGUGUCUAUCCUCCCCAGGCGGCCUGGCGUACUGGAAAACCGUGCCGCAGUUCCUCAUUCCAGGGGUUGGCGGCCCCGUGUUGAGUGGACCAACGCGCGGACAGACUCUGCUGCUCUGAGCCGUGCUCCGGCUGGAGAUGAAGCCUUGGCUAUUCAGCUGCAGUUUGGCCCCAGAGACAGGGCUUCGGCUGAAACAAGACAGGAGGAAGCAUCGCAUGCAGCUGGGGUGGCCCGCCCAUCCCAGCUGGCAUCCAUUGACGAAGCUCUGGCGCUUGCACUUUGCUUCGCUGAUGGCCUUGAAGAUGAAGAUCUGAGACCAGUCGAGGAUCGCAAUCACCGUGCGGAAGCCAGACGCCGAGUACAGGCCCGUCGUUUCAGAGAGGGCUCCAGGGAAGGAAGCCAAGCGAGCACUUGGGGAGGGACUGGAAGCUUGCCGCCCACCGAACCAGAAGCAGGUGCUGACAGUUCCCCUGAUGAUUCUGAUGGCUUCUACACUCGACUGUGGGGCUUGGACGGGCACGCGGGCAGCUUGUCACGCGAGCAAAGAGGGCGGCGCAGGCCCGUGGCGUCAUCCAACAUGGAUGCCUCUGGAAGCUCCUCCAGCAGGGGCAGGCCCCCGAGGCCGCAGUCCAGGCCGCACUCGCAGUCGAGGCCAGCUCCAGAUCCACAGGGCAACUCGGGCCAAACGGCCGUCAUUUCGUUUACGCCAGCCGAGGUGCCAGCAGAGGCGUGCGCCAUCUGCUGCGAGAACUUCGUAGAGGCUGAUCGGCCAGACCUGCCCGGUCUGCAAGCAUCCGAUGGCAUAGAUCCGAGCAAAAAAGACACAAACGCACAUUGCGAGCACAUGCUCGAGCGAGACAGGCUCUUUCUACAGGCCUCCGGCCUCGGCCUGGGCGGAUGCCAACUUUUCAUCUUCCUUGGCCCUUUGGAGAAACUUGACUUGAGCUGGCUCAGGCAGUGGUAUAGCUCCAGCGCAGUGGAAUGGGCUGAGCAUGGCUUUGAAUGGGGUGAAUUGGCCAUGGAUGCUUCCACAGCUGAGCUGAUGGAUCUUGCACAGAAGCAGCGACAGGCUUUACAAGCAAAAGUUGGGAGAGGUUUGGCAGGUCGAGGGUACUUGGACCUGAAUGAUGAGGACCUUCGAGGCCUCACAGACGACAUGAAGUCUGUAUGGGAAAGUCAUCUUGGCUCUGCUGCGGCGCGUUGCCUAGAUUCGAGGGACAUUUUUCUGAGCUGGGAUGAGCGCAAGAUGUCCGCAUGGAAAGAUGGAUUCGUGAGAGAGCGCAGUGAGCCCCUGGCCAAUGGCGAGAUGCGAACUUCUCGUGCUAGCAAUGCAUUUGGCCCCAACAUGGAUGGAGCAAAUGCAAACGAGAGUGAGGAUGUCCACGCCAUCGUCGUCGAUGGAAAUCCAGUGAAGAUGGACAAGCUUGGCCCGCUGGUUAUCAACGCAGACGGGAGCAUUGCCCGCAUCAAUAAUUGGCAUGAGAUGACAGAGCAUGAGCAGAAAACCACGCUGCGAGUGCUUGGCAAGAGGAACAAACAGAGGCUUGCAAAGCUGCAGGCUGAGUUGGCAGAGGACGCGAGCGCUACUGGUGACGCAAACUGCGUUGCUGAUGGUGCGAAAGCCUACUAUGCGGGCUUUGACGCCUCGGUGGACGAGGCAGCGUUGGAGCUGCUAAGAACCCGUCGGCAGGUAGCUGAAAGGCUGGGGUUCAGGAGUUGGGCGGACCUGGAAAUGGCUCCCAUGGCUGUGGGAGAUGAGGCUACAGCUCGUCAGUUUAUGGACCGUUGCUGGAAAGACGCCCAGCCCAGUGUAUUGGCAGUGCAGAAGCAAAUGGAAGAGUGGAGCUCAAGAGAGGUUCCAGGAUCCACUCAGCGAGGUCGCAGCAAGGUCAACCAUGCGGACGAGGCUUUUUGGCAAGCUUACCUGUCGCGACAAGCAGACACCUGGAAGCUCGCAGAGUACCUCCCUGCAGACAAAUGCCUGCCCAGUAUUCUCAACAUCGUGGGGAAGGCGUACGCGGUCACUUUUCGUGAGGUCGAACCUCCGAGCCUCCUGCCACGGCUUCUGAAUGGCUGGCACAGAUCGGUGCAGAUCUUCGAGGUACGUGACGGGGCGCCAUCUCCUGCAGCAGUCAAGCGCGAUCCUGGGAGAGGUAAGCUUGGCUACGUGUACUUGGACAUGUAUACCAGGAUAAGCAUGCUGGGUCGGCCAGCUGUGAGAUUGGCGGGGGCACAACUCUUGUGCCCUGGUCACGCAUUCCUCAGCUGCAACCUGCAACCAGCCGGACUUGGCCAAACAAAGUUACUCAAUGUGGAGGAGGUUGUGGCCAUAUCCCAUGAACUUGGUCAUGCCGUGCACAUGUUGUGCCAUACCGGGGUUCCUCAACAGUUUGCGGACAUGCCGCUCGACGUGCUGGAACUGCCUUCUACCUUGGCAGAGACCAUAGCACUUCAGCCUGGCAGCAUGGCGAAGUAUGCGCGGCAUGUGUCCAACAACGGCCUGCCUCCAGAAGCUUUGGUCCGCUCGUGCCAGCGCAACUCUCGCUUCUUCGUCACUCUUCUGCAGAAUGCCAGCGUUUCACUUGGUCUACAUGCAGAGGCAUUUGACCCCUUCAAGUCAACCCCCUCGGAUCUUCGAGCCAGGGCGGUGGCCUUGUGGCAGCGCUAUUCUGUGGUCACUGCAGACCCGGCCUUCACUCCGCUUGGUGGUGAUGCUGGACUACAUCUUGCCCAGGGAUCAAACCAGGAAGCAAUGAAGGCCAAGCUGCGGCAAAUGCAGGAUCAGCUCUCGGCAAAUCUGGCAACGGUCCAGACAAAGGACGAGGUAUUUACACAGGGCUCGAUCACACAAUGGCCUGACAGCUUGAAGAUGUGCCCGGCUGCAGGCAUGGACUACAGAGGCUGCGCAGCUGAGGGCGAAAUGCAGCUUCGAGCCAAUUGUGAACAGCAGUCGGCUUUGCUGCGAUCUAAGCUUGAGCAGGCUUCUGCUUCAAAUGCGCGGCUGGAAACGCAGCUGCGCAGCUGUCAGAAGGACCUGGAUGAGGAGGAACGUGACACCAAGACUCCGUGCAUCGGCAUUUUUGCGAUGCUGUAUUCCAAGUUUGCCAACACUUUCCUGAAGGCUACCGCAGCGCAGCGGUACAAAGAAGCCAGGGCCUUCCUUCAGCAGCGGCAAGAGACCGCACAGACAGAAAAUGAGGAGAUGUGGAUUUUGCGCUAUCUGUCCAGCUCUUGGUGCGCAGUGGCCUUGGAAACUGCACCAAGUGAUCCGAUGAGGGGCAUUGGCAUCACGAUGGACCGUUGCACCUGCGCGGACCUUUGCAUCGAUGGCGGCGACGGUGAGGCUGCAACUGUUCCGGGUCGCAGAGCCGCAUGUGUGGCCUCAGACGCCCUUAUCGCCUUGGGAGUUGGGUUGCAUGAGUCCUGGGUGGGCAUUGCGCCGCAGCGCCGAUUUGAGUUGAUGCCGCUUCAGGCCGACGACCUGUCCGGUUCCGUCACGUCUGAGCCCUUGGACACGUUGUCAACAAACUUGAAGCCACACAGAGCCUCAGAACGUGUUCGGGCCUCGCUGCUGACGAAAGCAAUCCUCGCAGCCGCAGGGGGCUUUUUGGUGGGGCAUGCCGCUGUGAGGCCGGUCCUGCGGAAGGAAGAGCCCAAGCUGCCCACGAGGGAGGAGUGUAUCAAAAUGGCCGAGGAGGUCUUGGAAGAGCAAAGGAUCUUCCUGGGCCAACUCGGAAUAAUGCCGCUAAAGGAAGCCCGCCUUCUUUGGACAGAUGCCAUGAUGAACGCGCUGAAAGGCCCCGGCCCAAUUGGACCUGGGCUGGAAGACCUGCAGGUCAGGGUCCCACCACCUGACGAGCUGCCAGAGCACGCAGACGAGCCCAUUGACAUGGGACCUGUUGCCCUGCCCAUGGCGGAAUCCCUGAAGCUUGCCCACAAGGGCGAUGAGGGCGCUCUCGUGGUAGUGAGCCCCAAGCCCGAGGGAGACACUGAUGACAAGGCAAUGGGCGCGGAGGGCACGAAGUCUUCCAGCGCCCCAACUUCGCCGGGGAAGAAGGGCAACCAGAAGAAGGCCCCCACUUCGCCGGGGCAGAAGGGCAGCCCAAAGAAAGCCAAGCCAGCGGCCUCCCAAGAGUGGGCCCCGCACCUCCAUGCUCCCUCUCGCCCCUGGCCAUACUCACCAGGAGUCAUCUCGAAGGGCGACAAGCGCACAAAGGGUGCCAGCGGCAAGGGCGGCACCGGGGGCAAGGGUUGCACAGCCGGCAAAAAUGGCAAGAACGGCAAGAACGGCAAGGGUGGCGGAAAAGGAGGCAAUGGAAAGGGCAAGAGUGGUGGCGCUUUUUACGCGCGUCCAGACGGCAAGGUCUGGACCGUGAAAAAAGACGCGGCUGAAACAGCGCCCAUGGAGGAGCAGACAGGCACCAAUCGCAGGAGCUUUGCAGCUGCAAAGCUCCGGAAGAGCUGCAACGUGCACGCUACUCUGAAGCCAGAAGAGGCAGCAGGGCUCCGUGUCGCUGUGGGGGGAUGUGAGUUGGGCACAGCUGUCGCGGCCGGCUUCUCUCACCCGGACGAAUCCGCAUCAGGCACGUACGACCGGAUGGCGUACCUUGCGAAUGCCACUCAUGGCAAGCCUCGACGUAGAAGCCACAAGGCAGAGCUUCCUCCAGACCCCGACGAUGUUAUUUGGAGGGAUCUGCUGGCCUCACCAAGGAUGCAGUGGCUUUGGGAUGUACUGGGCAUUUUCAUUCUGCUGCUGGCCUUUGUGGUGCUCGUCCCCCUGGUUGUGGUUAUUGCUGGUCUCAGCUCUGUGCAGAGUUUGGAGGCACGAGACGCAAACCUCGCAACCUUCAUGGACAACAAUCCAGCCGUGCCCAUCUUUUGGAACGGGCUUCUGGGGCCGUUCGCUCUGAAUCUGGUCAUGAGCUUCGUUCCGGCCUUCCUGGCCCUAAUUUUGGGCACCUUCUUCAUCCUCAAGGCUCGGGGCUGGUUGCAGUUCAGGACGCAACAGUGGUACUACAUGUUCCUCCUCCUGCUCGUGUUCUUUGUGACCUCUGUGGGCUCUUCCCUGUCGAGUACCCUGAAUUACCUGGUGCAGAACCCGACCGAGAUCCUGAGCGUUCUGGCACAGACCUUCCCCACCUGCACUCACUUUUUCAUGAACUACGUGGUCUUGCAAGGAAGCGUUCACUUUUUCGCGCUCCUCCGCGGCUUCGUGCUGAUCAAGUUCAUGUUUUACCGGUCCUUCAGCGAGGACUUGAGCGCUCUUCAGCGUGCAGAGCCUGAGGAUCAGGAGUAUCAGGGCAUGGGCUCGCGAAGCGCGCGCAUGACGCUCUUGUACGUCUUGGCCCUGAUUUUCAGUACCUUGUCCCCUCUGAUCACGAUGCUGGCCUCGCUGAGCUUUGCAGUAGCGCGCAUGGUCUACACCUACCUGUUUGUCUACGCAGAGACCUUGAAGCCGGACUUGGGAGGCCUUUUCUGGCAGCGGCAGCUCAACCACGCUCAGCAAGGCACCUUCCUGUAUAUCGCGCUGAUGACAGCCGUGCUAUUGCAGAGGGCGGCAACUCCCUGGCCCGGCAUGAUCUGCGCCUCCAGCGCAGUGUUUAUGGGCUUCUCCUACUACACGUUCCUCAACAGGUUUCGAUGGGAGCAGCUGCAGUUCAGCGAAGUGCCUGCCAAGGGCGCUCUUGGUGGGCCUGCAGUGGUAUACGGCCAUUACAAGCAGCCACAGCUUCCUGCUCCGCAUCCAAUCGCCCAGAAAGGCCAGGAUGAUCUGCUCACACGCGCAGUGACCUCCAUGCGCCAGCGCCUGAACGUUUGCGGUCCAGAUGAUGAGUCGGACCCGGGCGACUCGGAGUUUCGUCGUGCUGGCCGCAGCAAGACGGAGGGCGGGUAUCUUCGUUGA